CCUGAACGCAGCACUACUCCAGGUUGAGUUCAGGCAGCGCGCUGCUUUUGCUGCUCAGAAACACCUACAACAGGUGAGCAGAAAUGACCAUGGCCACAGAUAAAGUGGUUAUUGAGACCCCAAAGCUGGAGUCCUGUGCGGGGGCAGCAGGGUAUGGAGACUCCUCUGUUCAGGUCAAGAUAUUACAGGUCCCAGCCAAGUGUGGACCCAUCGCUGCUGCAGGCGUCUCAAAGGGCAACUCCGUCUCCGCCUCACCUAAAGUCACCCCCAGCAGCCAGGCCCAGCAGCCUGCAGUUACAGUCCCAGGCCUUCAGACUUCCUCCCCCUCUCUCAUGGUGAUAGCAAAGGUGGCCACCCCGGCAGGAGGGAGCGCCAACGGCCAACCACAGGUAACAAAACCAGCGUUGAGCCAGGUGGCCUCCAUGAGCCAGACCGGCACCCCAGGAAGGAGGGUGGUGAUAGCUGUACCAAGGGCAGCGACCCCGCAGACGGUCGCUGUGGCCCCUCGGCUGCCGCUGAGCGCCUCCCCACAGCUCCCAGCAAAUAUCCAAAUACCACCAGGUAUGAUGUUGAUCCGCAGUGACAGUGGUCAGCUGAUGCUGGUAUCCCAGCAGGCUUUGGCACAGGCUCAGCAGGGUCCAAGAGGUGUCAGUGGUCAAGUGCCCAGAAUAUUGUUCCCACAGGUAUCUGCAGCAGCUGUAAAUAAAAGUCAUGAGAAGGUUACAGUGAUCAGGAUGGCAGCCCCGCCCAGUUUCCAACCAGCACCAGUACAGAAGACAGCUGUGGUAAAGGUGACUGGUGUAGCUCCCAGAACAGCUGUAGCCCAGAACCAUAGUUCCGUGUCGGAGCGGGGGAGCCGGCCUCACAUUCAGGCGAUCGUCACAGAAACCAAAAAGGAGCCGACAGCCACGUUCAGUCAGGAGACCCUGGAAAGUGUGAAGAAGUGCAAGAACUUCCUGGUGACUCUGAUCAAGCUGGCCUCCAGUGACUCCAGGUCUGCUAACAUGGCUAACAACGUCAGAGGACUGGUCAGGAGUCUGCUGGAAGGAAAGCUAGAAGCAGAGGAGUUUACAGAGCAGCUCUAUCAUGAGUUAAAGUCGACGCCACAGCCCUGCUUGGUGCCUUUCCUCAAGAAAAGUCUUCCUGCGGUGCGUCGCCUUACUGCAGACCCCCAGUUAUUCAUCCAACAGGCUUCCACUUCCACCCCCAACCCCAACACUCUGCCUUCCACCAUGAAGCAGUCCAACACUGACACAGGACACAAACUCAACACCCCUCAGCAGGAACAUUUUCAAUGAAACAACUGUUCACUCAGGAUCCCCCUUGUACCAAAUUUGCAUUUAAGGACAGUCCAGGAACUUACAAAGAAGACGAUGACAUCAAUGACGUAGCCUCCAUGGCUGGAGUCAACCUGAGAGAGGAGAACGCACGGAUCUUGACCACCGCAGUCGGCUCUGUGGUGCAGUCAUGCCAGGAUCAGCCCUUUCUCUCACCUAACCCAGUCCUCAGCCGAAUCCUUCACACAGGACAGGCACUGGGAGUGACUGAUGUCGGUCCAGAGGUGGUCACUCUGGUUUCUCAUGCUACGCAGGAGUGUCUCCGGGGGCUAGUAGAGAAGCUCACUGUGAUGGCAGAACACCGCAAGGCAUCACUGAAGGAGGACCUGUGGCAUGCCAAAGUGAGUGAUGUACGCUCCCAGCUUCGCUUCCUGGAGGAAGUGGAGAGUUUGAAGAAGAAAAGGAAAGAUGAAGAGGAGAGAGAGAGACUGCUGCGUUUGGCCAGAAGUCGCUCACACACUGAGGAUCCACUGCAUCAGCAGCUUAAGCAAAGAGCCAAAGAGUUACAACAAAUAGAAGACGCUCAGCUGCAGCAAAGAGAGGCCAACCUCACUGCUCUGGCUGCCAUCGGGCCUCGCAAGAAGAGACCUCUGGAGCAGACUGAAAGCCAGGUGACUCUGCUGCCCAGACAGGGUGUUCAGAGAGUGACUCGGGUCAUGCUGAGGGAUCUGCUGGUGUGUAUGGAGGAGGACCACUUCCUACGCCACUCUCUGACUCUCUACAAAGCGAUGCUCUGACUACCUUACUGCUCCUACUGUUAAUGACUGAAUCGGUCCAAUAGUAAUCUAUAGUUUGUGCUCACAAGGUCCCAAGUUUUUGAAUCUUUUCUUUUGACCUCCAAAAAGUGUUUUUGCAGUUUGUUUCUAUUAUAUCAAAUAUCUAUUUAUUUGUAUGCUGUUUGGAGGAUAGUGCUGGAUCAGCAAUGGGCUCUGAAAGCACGUUUUGGUUUUGAUUAUAAAGAUAAGACUAGAGAGUACUGCUGUUUACUGAAAACUAAAUGUAGUUCAGUUCUCCGUUGAGUUUUUCAUCACUCUGCUUGUUUAUUGUUUGGCCAUUAAAAAAAGUAGAUUUGGUCACAUCCUGACAUUUCCUUUUUUUGGUUGUUUUUAGCCGCAAAUGCAGCGUGGCUCUGGGGGCAGUAAUGCCGGUCUGUCAGCCCACAACUUUGUGCCAGAAUGCAAUGUCUCAACAAUUACUGGAUGGAUUGCUAUGAGAUGUUACACAAACAUUCACUGCAGGAUAAAUUAUUUAAACUUUGAAGAUGUGUGAUUUUUCAUCUAGCGCCAUUACUAGGGUCAAAAGUGGGUUGGAUAUUUAAUAAAAAAUGUCUAAUAUAAUAAAAACUUUCAGACAGUUUGAUGGAGGAGGAUUCUCUUCUCACAGUAUGACUUUAAAAACAGCUUUCAGUACAGUGAUAGAGGCUGUUACUUCUACUUUUUGCAUCGCAGUCAUGCUGUAAAUCGUACAAUAGCUAUGUUUACAUGGAGCCUAAUAUUCUGAUUAUAAGUGGUUUAACACCUCAGUCAGAAUAAACCGGCCCAAACCAA